UCUCCGUAACUUUAACGGAUUACGCCGCUACUUGUAAUUAGUUACUCCCCAACACUGCCCAUUAAGACCCACUGGUCAGCCUCAAAUGGGAACCAGUAUACCUGUGGACAUGUGACCGUGGCGCCACCCAGUGGCCAAAAACAGUCAGUGCAGCGGGAGGACCGGUGGCAAACAUCCAGUUAGGAGAGGUCAUCGCCACAAGACGUGGGAAGAGACGGCUGUUCUCAGUUCAUGCCUGGGUAACAGGCUUUGUCCGUACUUUUUUAACGCCAUGAGGAGGCCAAUUGUGCCGCUGACCUCCUGGUAAUACUCCUGAAAAUGCCCCAUGCGUAUUGCUCUGUGCUAGAAGAUGGCGGAGUCGGAUGGUGGGGAUUUUGCAUCGAAACAGCCGCAGAGCAGUAUGGCUAACAAGAAUAGCACCCUGCGCUGUACAUUCUCAGCCCCGAGCCACAGUGCCACCCUCCUCCAGGGCUUGUCAAUCUUGCGGGCUCAGGGCCAACUACUUGACGUCGUUCUGGCCAUCAAUGAGGAGCGCUUCCAGGUCCACAAAGCUGUGCUGGCCGCCUGUAGCGAUUACUUCAGAGCAAUGUUUACAGGAGGCAUGAGGGAGUCAAAUCAAGAUACCAUUGAGCUGAGGGGUUUGUCCGCCCGAGGGUUAAAGCAUAUCAUUGACUUUGCCUACAGUGCAGAAGUCACUUUAGACCUGGACUGUAUUCAGGAUGUCCUCGGAGCAGCUGUCUUUCUCCAAAUGGUUCCUGUUGUGGAUCUCUGUGAGGAGUUCCUCAAGUCUGCAAUGAGUGUGGAGACCUGCCUGCACAUCGGCCAGAUGGCCACCACUUUCAGCCUGUCUUCCCUCAAGGAGUCAGUGGACGCCUUCACAUUUCGCCACUUCCUCCAAAUUGCAGAGGAAGAGGACUUUCUGCACAUUCCCAUGGAGCGCCUCAUCUUCUUCCUGCAGAGCAACAAACUGAAGAACUGUAGCGAGAUUGACCUCUUCCACGCUGCCAUCAGAUGGCUCCAAUAUGACGAGUCUCGCCGGGCUCAAGCUAGCAGUGUCCUCUGCCAUGUGCGCUUCCCGCUCAUGCACUCGUCUGAACUGGUGGACAGUGUUCAGACGGUGGACAUCAUGGUGGAGGAUGUGUUGUGCCGCCAGUAUCUCCUCGAGGCCUUCAAUUACCAAAUUCUUCCUUUCAGACAGCAUGAGAUGCAGUCCCCACGGACACUCAUUCGUUCUGAUGUCAUUUCACUCAUCACGUUUGGUGGAACGCCCUACACUGACAAUGAUCGCACCGUAAGCACCAAGGUGUACUACCUCCCUGACAUCGCCUCCCGCCAGUUCAAAGAGCUGACAGAGAUGGAGACAGGGUGCAGCCAUGCUUGUGUUGCCGUGCUUGAUAACUUUGUGUACGUCGUUGGUGGACAGCACUUACAGUACCGAAGUGGUGAGGGGGCAGUAGACAGCUGUUUCCGCUACGACCCUCACCUGAACCAGUGGCUGCGUAUCCAGUCCUUGCAGGAGGCACGAAUCCAGUUCCAGCUCAACGUGCUGCAUGGACAGCUGUAUGCCACCGGAGGGCGCAAUCGAUCUGGCAGUCUGGCAUCCGUAGAGUGUUACUGCCCAAAGAAGAAUGAGUGGACAUAUGUGGAACCAUUAAAACGCAGGAUUUGGGGUCAUGCAGGGACACCCUGUGGAGAAAAGCUAUAUAUCUCAGGAGGUUAUGGCGUCUCAUUGGAUGACAAGAAAACUUUUCACUGCUAUGACCCGGUAGCUGACCACUGGGAGUUCAGAGCUCCCAUGAAUGAACCCAGAGUGCUGCAUGCCAUGAUCAGUAGCAGGGAUCGGGUUUAUGCUUUAGGUGGUCGCAUGGACCAUGUGGACCGCUGUUUUGAUGUGCUGGCGGUCGAGUAUUACAAUCCAGAGAACGACUACUGGACCACCGUCAGUCCCAUGAGAGCAGGGCAGUCUGAGGCUGGCUGCUGUUUACUGGACAGAAAGAUCUACAUCGUCGGUGGCUACAACUGGCACCUGAAUAACGUCACAAGCAUCGUUCAGGUGUACAACACAGAGAGAGAUGAGUGGGAGAGGGAUUUGCAUUUCCCAGAGUCCUUUGCUGGCAUCGCAUGUACUCCAAUUAUACUUCCACAAAACACCACACAACGCUAACCAUCUGACCCAGCAACUGUGGAGAUCUGAUUCCAUGUGCUCUUUCUGCUGACUAUUACGUCAAGGUGUGAACUUCAUGUAAACCACUGGUGUGCGUGCGUGUGUGCGUGCGUGCGUGCGUGUUUGUGUGUGUUCAUUUGAGGAAAUUACCUGAAAAGCUAGUAAACAGCAUUACUCUGAUUAAUGUAUUAUUUUCUAUCCUUGCAUUGGGUGAGGUAAAUUUAAUCAUCAGACAGACCUUCAUUAAAAAUGAUCAAGUUUAGAUUUGGAACUAACAUUAUGUCCAGAAACUCUUGAAGGUCUUUAUGUUAAGACACUUUUCUUACACAGAACUAAAGGUUUGUCAGUAUUUAACUAACAAUUUAAAAGUGCUUUCAUUUGAUGUGUAAAUCCGUGUGAACAAAUUUGUAAACUGUGCGCAUGGAUUACAUGUCCUCUUCUGUUCUUCAGCUAAUGGACCUGCCUUGCAAGGACUGUGGUGACAUCUGCCCAGUAAAAACAGUUUCAUCUAGAUUUAACAGCAGAUUGCUGCUUGACUGCUCAUUUCAGUGUUGGUUUUCAGAUGAAAGCACAAAUGCUACAUGACUCAUAAAAGCUGGAAACUCCCAAAAACACAAAGCUAAAUAAAUUAGAUUUUACUAUUGUUAAAUCUGCCAUUAAGUAAUAAUAAUAAUAAUAAUAAUAAUAACCAAAAAAGUUAAAGUCUACAAAUCAGAAAUGAAUGUCGGAUUUCUCAUUGUCAUACAGGUUUCAAACCCCUACUUUCCAAAUGAAAGUCCAGUGUAUUAACCAUUUAAUAAUUACCAUACAAAGUUUUACAAAUCCGUCUGCACGGAAGUUUUUUUUCUACCCUUUGACCCCAGGAGGGCUCCAUUCACUAGUUGAUGAAAAACCUCUUGGUGUGACAUCUCCUGUCUUUACGAUCAUCUUACACUUGCCCAUUUGGAAAUUUUAAGAUCACUGGCAAGUGAACUUAAAUGAUAAUAAUAAUGAAAAUGAGUUUUCUUUCAUACUAGCAUUACUAACAUUAAUAGCUGUUUAUAUUACUUAAUUUAUAUGAUUUAGUCUGUAUUAUUUUAUUACCAGUCAAAGGCUUAAGUUACAGACUGUACAAAUAGUCUUUUUUUUAUUUGAUCCUUUAUCAGCAGUGGUGUCACUUCUUACAAAAAGUGGAAAUCUAAUUUUUGAAGAUGGGUCUUGAGUGGCUUUUUGCUGUGCAAAGCUAUUAACUGGAUCAAAUGUUAAAAUGUUGUACAUUUUGCUUGUACAGGAUUUUAGCUUUUGUGAUUCCUUUUUAUAUUUUUCAUUGGCUCUUUUAAUUCUUGUUAUAUUUGUUAUAAUUGUAUUAUUCAAACAAUCAAUAAUACAACCAACUAAAAAUCUCUUCGUUUUACGUGUGUUUACUCAAAUCUGUGUGUCAGUGAACAGUAAUGAUUGCACAAAUGAACAUGAGCAGUGGAUUUAAAAUUAUUAUUAUUAUUUUUUUUUUUUAAACUUUUAAUCAGUUUCUCCUUGUUUUGUUUUUUUAAUUGUCACUGCCCUUGUGUUUCCUGAAUUUAAACCCCCACUGACACACUACCUGUCUUGUCAGUCAGCUUAACAAACCAGUGUGGACGUCUUGCGGCAGCUACAUAAAUCAUUCAUUCAUGUGUGUGUGUGUGUGUGUGUGUGUCCAUGGGGGUGUCAGUGUGUGGUGCUCUUUGUAUUAAACAAGUGCUAUAUCUUUCAUACAAAACCAUCACAGUAUCAUUUAUCCUUCCAGUGGAUAAUAAUUGAUUAAUUGAUUGAUUGAAAUCUUUAAUAAUCUUUUAAAAAGUUAAGAUUUAACUUCUGAGUUAUUGUUUAAAAACCCUUAAAAAUCUGUAAUUCAUCAAAAUAGUACUCAAACUGUUCAUUUUUCAUGGCUGAUAGUAGGUUUUUUUUUGUUUUUUUUUACUGCAUUGCUGCACUUUUUACACUGAAUUUAUCAGACAUCUGAUUCAGCUGCUGAAUUUAAAUCAAGAUUAAAAUUCCAGUUUUUCUUGACUAUCCAUGUGACCAUCAACAUGAUGGCAGGGAUGUCUGUUUUAAAACUGUUUCCUGUUUGCCUUAGUGAGUCUUUGUCCUGUUUUACCUGUACUAGUAAAAGCACAUUAUAUUGUUGGAAGUGCAAUAUAAAGAAACCGCUGUAGUCAAAGGGGAAUGUAGACAUUUGUGUAGCUUUAUGUGCAUCCUUUAUUAAAGAUGUAUCAUGUUUU